AUGAAGCCUCACCGUAUUCGCCUUGCCCACACUCUUGCUUGCCACUAUGAUCUUGAUCGGCGAAUGGAGAUCACUCGGCCGUUCCCGGCGACUUCGGAGGACAUUCGGCGGUUCCACUCGCCGGAGUACGUUGACUUUCUCUCUUCCGUUUCACCCGAGACUCUUUACUACCAGACGCAUGGUGCCCACGACCUUAAACGCUUCAACUUCGGAGAGGAUUGCCCUGUUUUUUGUCAAGCGUCUGCCGGUGGAUCCAUUGGCGCCGCCGUUAAGCUUAAUCGACAAGAUGCUGACAUAGCCAUCGAUUGGGCUGGUGGGUUGCGACAUGCAAAGAGAAGCGGGACCUCCGGAUUUUGCUAUGUUAAUGAUACUGUUCUUGGAAUUCUUGAACUUCUAAAGGUCCACAGG